CUCUUCUCUCUUGCUCACACAUUCUACAUACCAGAAUUGGUGCGUGACUUCGUGACGGAGUCACAGAAAAAUGGACAGCAACACGGCACAGCCAGCAGCCGGACAGACAGACAGGCAGACAGACAGGCAGGCAGCGAGCAUUUCGGCAUUCAUUCACCAGACUCACACACAGACGCACACCACUCCACGCAGCUGUCUGUCCGUCUGUGUGGCUCCAUCCAUCCAUCCGUCAGCCACGCGCACAGGGCGACAACUAGACGUACACUCAGAGACGACAAGACACACGCAUCCAGCCGCUCCCCCCACCCCCUCCCCUCCAUGGAAAAGGAAAAAAUACAGUGUCGAAACAAACACACAGCCCGACGACACACAAGAGAAAAACAUGGUCCUUCCGGCCAUCAGGGGACCUUCAUCACUCCUCAACUCAACUUUUCCUGUUCAAUCACUCCCUGUCUUGGUGUGGCGUGUGUGUGGCGGGUGUGGGCGGGGCGGGGGCGGCAGCAGGCUUCUUGUGGAAGCGCCUGAACUGAGGUGGCAGCUUGGAGACGAUCCCCGUGCCGCCAGAGUGGGAGUCGUUGUCAUCGUUGUCAUCCUCCUGCCGCUGCUGCUGAGUGGAGUUGUGCAUGGCCUCCUUGGUGUACGUCCUCUCGGGCGUGGCUGUGGGAGUGGGUGAGGGUGUGUCCUCAGGGGCACUGCUGGUGACGCUGGCAGCAGCAUCGCGUCGCGACGCCCUCUCCAGCACACGACUAACAUACCCAGGAGCCAUGCCAUCGUACUGCACCAACUCUGAUGAGACAAACAGAAAGCACACCAAGGUAUCAGCAACAUCCCCCCUAUCACCUGCUUCUGAUAGUGUUCGUUCCGUACCUUCUCCGUCCAGCAGAGCGGUCAGCGGAUGUACAGCGCCGCCCUCUCCGGCAGGCACCUCCUCAACUGCACUACCGGUGUCGGCGGCCGGCUGUGGCUGUGGGUCAGUUGGUGUGGGGAAAUUGAGGACAGGGUUGCCCUGGAGGACCCUGUUGACGUCGACCAGGGUCCAAGGCCCCGCUUGCUGCAUCUGCAUGUGUGUGACCAGCUCAUACAGGCUGGGGGAGCGGGACGGAGCCUGCGGACGAUCCACCUCACCGAACUGACUCCUAUACGACACACACAGACAACCAAGAGGCAGUGUGUUGUGAGGUUUGUGUGUGCUUUGCAUGGGCAGCUGGCCUUACGUGUCGGCCUUUUUGAGCGGCAUUUCGAAUCUGAGGACGUGCAGGUGGUGGCUGUGGUGGUUGGGGGGCACCUUGAUGGUCUCCUGCCUCCUGUCGUCGAAGUUCAUCUGGAACUUCUGCAACGUUCCCACGACAACGUCCAUCUGCACAACCGCGCCCUUACGCUGCACACCCUGCACACACACACACACACACAGACAGACAGACAGACAGACGACACAACAACCGAUGAGUGAUGGAUGUGAGGAGAAGAGGACAGGCGGGGCUGUGGUUCCCGCGUACAUCGAUGUGGUCGAAGGUGAUCGGUUUGUCGCCCGCCUUGCCGACGACAAACUGGCCCCACCAGGGCAGCAGCGUCUCGCCCUCACCCAACUGAUCGCCCCUGUGGGCACCUGCACACGCACACACAGACACAUGCGUGUGGAAGAGAACAGCCGUGCACCCUCCGCAGCUGCGGUGUUGAAUCAAUCGCUGAUCUACCGAGUAUGACUCUAAGGCUGUCGAGCUGCGCGUACUGCGGGCUGACAUCGAUGUUGACCUUGCACUUGGCGGCCUCCAACGCCUCCAUGGCCUUGCCCCAGUGCUCGAUCAGCCGGCCGUCGCACACGUCCUCCAACUCUCGCAAACCGUCACGGCCUUCAGAAAGCUGCACUCACCCAACAGGCAACCGAACACUGAGUGGCAAUGCCCACUGCGUCCUCUACCUCUGUCUGUCUGUUUGUCUGUCUGUCUUUAUGUGUUGUCAGUUGAUGCGAUGCCUCCCACUCACCUUUUCGGCGACGAACUGGAGUGCCUGGACGGCUCCCAUACCGCUCUCGCGGAAGAACUCACGGCGGCCAAAGAACUCACGACACCCAAGGCCAAGCAUCAAGCGCGCAACCUGACAGACAGACAAUGGAAUGCAAUGCGCACAGAGAGACAGAGCACAAAGUGACUCACUCGUGCACUCAACCCACCCCACACAGCUCCCUCACGGCACGGCAGCCGCUUCGCUUACAAAUGAGUUUUGCCGCCUGACAUAGCUCAUGGGAUAGUACUUCUGCGAAACACCGGCCAGAGGCAAACCGCCGACGAGGGCCGAGAGAUCGACUCGGUUGUCCUCGGCUGCCUUCACCCCGCCCUCCCCGACGGCCUCGACAUUCUUCGGACUGUGCGUGGUGUCGGCAUCGCUCUGCGACGGUGUGCUGAAGGCGCGUUCAGCCCUCCUGCCCACGAGAGUGGUGAUCCUAGUCACCACAGGCGCCAGGCUCUGCGCCGAGGUCGGACGGAUGCCUCGGGAGGCGACACGAAGGGCGCGACUGUGCAUUGCUGGCUGGUGCCAAAGGAAGGAGCUGAUUCAGGGCUGGUGGUACAGGGCACGUGCUUCAGUGGCUGGGAUUUGACGAGCUGCAGUGGGUCGUAUCAGAC